AGCUAGAGAAGAUGGCGGCUAUCGUAGAGAGAGUUGAGGGAGCUGGUGGAGCCGUCGAUACUGAAUCGGUUUCCCCAAGAUUGCCCUCUCCAGCGCCGGAUCAGCCUCAUCAAAACAACCCACUUUUAGGACUCCCCAUUGUGGCGAUCGAGACCAUUCUCAAUUUUUUGUCUUACGAUGAAAUCAGUCUGCUGCGCCUGGUGUGCAAGCGCAUGGACAUGAUUUGCCAGCGCAUGCUCAAUCAGGGCUUCCUCAGAGUGGAGCGCUAUCACAGCCUCUGUCAGAAACAGGUCAAAGCCCAGCUGCCAAGGCGGGAGUCAGAGAGGAGGAACCACUCUCUGGCCCGACACGCAGACAUCCUGGCUGCAGUGGAAACGCGCCUCUCGCUGCUCAACAUGACCUUCAUGAAAUACGUGGACUCCAAUCUCUGCUGCUUCAUACCUGGAAAGGUGAUAGAUGAAAUAUACAGAGUGCUACGCUACGUAAACUCUACCCGUGCACCACAGCGGGCUCAUGAGGUCCUGCAGGAGCUCAGAGACAUCUCGUCCAUGGCAAUGGAAUACUUUGACGAGAAGAUUGUCCCCAUUCUUAAGAAGAAGCUUCCUGGCGCUGACCUCUCUGGGCGUCUCAUAGGAUCUGCCCCUGUGGCUGGGCCGUCGACAUCGCUGACCACCAUGACCCUGUUAGCCAAGAACACGCCGUCGCGCUCAGAGAUGACCAAGGUGCAGCAGCAAGUGAAGGUGAAUGGCGCGUCCAUGACGGCGCUGCGGCGUGAGAUGCAGGAGGUGCGCGUGAAGCAGCUGGAACAGCAGAAGCAGCUGCAGGACCAGGAGCAGAAGCUUCUGGAGCAGACGCAAGUGAUUGGCGAGCAGAACGCCCGCCUGGCCGAGCUCGAGCACAAGCUGCGCGAGCUGAUGGACCGUGCGGUGGGCGCCGCUGCCGCCCCUGCCCGAGCUGGCCCCACCUCUGCUGAGCCUGCCCCACCCACUUCCUCAACUGCCGCCAUGCCGAUGGCAUCCACCUCGGCGGCGGCUGGGAGCUCGGCGGGUCCAGCGACGAUGGCUUCGGCAGGCGAGAACAGCCUGUCUCUCAAACGGCCCCGCAAGUGUCUGGACCUGCCACGUCAGUCCAAGCGUCUGCGGAGCAAGAAGUAGAGGAACAUCUUUGUCUCUCCUCCCUUUUUACUGGGCUACUCCUUUUUUUCCCCUAUUUCCUUUUCUUUUGGAGGGUUACUUUUGCUUUUUCCAGUCAGUUUUUUUUUUUUUUUUGUCUGUUUGGUUUUGGUUUCCUCCUUUGCACCCAUGUUCGACGAUGGCUCAGGACAUGGACAAUACAGAAAGUGACGGGUAUCUGUUGUUCGUUUUUAAAGGUUUUAGCAACCACUACGUUACCCUUCAUGUCACACUAAGAUGCCCCGAGGAUCCUGACACAUGGUUUCGGGGAGCAGCCACCUUUGGCGUUGAUGUCGUUAGGUGUUGAACUUGAGGAAAGGACCUGAAGGCCGUGCUGAUGGCAUGAAUGGAGAAGGUAGUUAAACACCCACUGUACAACCAAGUACAAGUGCAUGAGCUUCCCUUCCCUACAGCCAGAGGUGGAGCACAGCACGCAUACAUGUGUGUCUGUGUGUGUGUGUGUGUGUGUGUGUGUGUGUGUGUGUGUGUUUAUAUUAUAUAAUGACUGCAACAUUAACAUGUAGCUUGUUGCUCCAAUAACAGCUUUGGCCAUAUUAAGGCUAAAUCAUGUUUAGCAUGUGUUCGUGAAUAUUUCUAAUAGAUGGUGUGCUUAAAAUGGAGAAUGCCAAGAAGUUUGGUCUCCUGCCGAACAAUUUAUUUUGUCAUAUGAUAUGAUCAUAAAUAUCAACUUCAGUAAAGAUCUUGACUUCAAUGUUAAUGUUUUGAAUUUGGAAAGCACAUCAAAACUAAAAUGGAAAGAAUGAUCCCAGCUACUGCCACUGUGACUCUGAUUAUAGUGUUUGUCCAGUGAUAUUUACCCAGUCAUGGGUGGCUGAAGGUUGUGUAUUGUGCAGUAAGUUGCAGUGCCACAUUGUAGCUGCCACUGGUUGUACAAUUGCUUGCUAAAUAGAACUGUCAGUGCAAUAAGAGUUGUCUGAGAUGUCAAAAGCCUCGUUAUUAGAGAAGUAAAUUAUUAAUGUUCAGUUUUCACUUUUGCUUGUGAAGAACAACUCUACCACUGAACACCUGUCUUGCUACCUUUUUGUGCAUUUGCCAAUCUUUCUGCUUUCAUUUAGCCAAAGCAGACAAGGCACUAUUUCUGUCAGUCGAGUUCUCUUAAAGGACCAGUUCAGCUAAACAGUGGUAGCAGUGAAGGGAACCAGUGUUGCCAGUUUGCGUGAUGAGUGAACUGGCAACAUUCGGCUCGUUCACUUCUCGCUUGGUAGUGCUGAACUGGUCCCUUUGUCCUCGUUUACACAGUUGCAGAUGCUCGCACCACAAUAGAUAAUGCAGGAAAAUCUUGCUUUCACUUGCAAGAUGUAUUGCAAGUGUUAGAUUUAUCAAAUUGAAGAAGACACAUCAGGGGGAAAAUGUUUUUAAAAAUUUUAAAAUCUGGGUUGAACCUAGUCUUGGUCAUGUGACCCAUUCACUGUGACCUGAGGCCUGGAGACAGCUUGUACAGUGCUGUGUAUAACGCUAAUCACAUUCCCCCUCAGGUGAAAGCAGUAAUGCAUUACAGGGAAAUGCUUGCCCUAAAUGUUAAUGGACGUCGCAUGACUGGCUGCCUUUCAAAGGACGUAAUGCAGCUAAGAGCAUCUCUGGAAUUUCUUCUUCAAAAUUUAACUGGUAAUGGUGCAAAACCUGAUUGACAUGCUAGCCCAUACUGCUUUCACCGUGUGAAACCACCAAGGUGUUUCAGAAUAAGGAAGACAGAACUAUUUGAAGUCGGGCAGCCAGGGGUGUGCCUGCGUAGUUGCUACACAUCUUCCUGUCAUAAGAUGCCAGAGAAGCCUGGCAAGAGAGCCUGAUUGUGCUUUCAUCAAACAGAUCCCCCCCUUUGCUAAGUGUUGUUUAAAUCAGGACAAUGGGGUUACCGAUAAAUGAAAACGAGUCUUGCCUGUUCAUGCAUUAACUUGUUUUUUGUUUUGUUUUUUUUGUUGUUUUUUUUUCUUUACCUUUUUAAGUCAACUAACGUCCACCUUUGUGCAGACAUUUCUGUGAUUCCCUUUGAAACCCUGUUCUAUGGUAUGUGGCAUUUGUUCGGGAUCAGUUUUCAACAAGCUUCCCCAUCUUUCCUGAAAGCUGUCAUCGUAGUGCUGGCGGUGAACCUGAACUGCCGCGGGGGCCCUGGCUCAGGCUAACCCACACACGGCAUGUCUGUGACGCUGCGGCCUGAAUCCAUUAAGAAUUCAUUCAUGUAGCACUGGUGUUAGGAUCCGAUUUCCUGUCCCCUUUAGCUGAUCUUAACCCUAAAACCAAGUCCUGCAGUAGCAGUCAUCACCAAGCUUCUUUUGAGGGCUUGCUUCGGAAUCGCAUGUGCGUUGAACUUUUCAAGUAGGUCACACACAAAUUUGUUAAAACUUGUGGCUUAAUGCGAGACUGUGUCUCAGUUUAGAAAAGACUGUACUGUAAACAUUAUGUACUGAGUCAAGACUGUGGAUUAUUUCAUGUAUGUAAUAGGAAAAAAGUAAUCUUGUAAAUUGCCCUGUAUUGGGCAUAGAAAAAAAAAAUGGUUUGUUGCACAUAUUAUUGUUACAAAUAUACAAAUGAAUCAUAUUAAACAACAUUAAGGCAUA